ACCUCAAUCCUCCAUAGACAGACCCAAAAAAAACAAAAAAAAAAAAGAAGACAAAUCUUGUCUUUUCGAUUGUCAAAAUCAGAGAUCUCUCUCGUUCUUGUUACUGAGUUAGGUCUCUGAUUUUUCACGUUUCUCCAGUCAGUGGUUAUUUCUUAGUUCUUGGAGAUAUUAAUUUUGUGAUCUCUAAGGCUUCAUUUGUUGGAAGACAACAUGGCCAAUUCAGCAUCUGGAAUGGCCGUGCACGACGACUGCAAGCUCAAGUUCUUGGAGCUAAAAGCAAAGAGAAACUUCAGGUUUAUCGUGUUCAAGAUCGAUGAGAAGAUCCAGCAGGUGGCCAUAGAGAAGCUCGGGGAUCCCAAUGAGACCUACGACGACUUCACAGCCAGUCUACCUGCCGACGAAUGCCGGUAUGCGGUGUAUGACUUUGACUUCACCACGGAAGAGAACUGUCAGAAGAGCAAGAUCUUCUUCGUCGCCUGGUCACCAGACACGGCAAGGGUGAGGAGCAAGAUGCUCUACGCGAGCUCCAAGGACCGGUUCAAGAGAGAGUUGGACGGUAUCCAGAUCGAGCUACAGGCGACGGAUCCGAGCGAGAUGAGCAUGGACAUCAUUAAAGCUCGAGCAAUCUGAGACUACAUAUGAAUUUGGAUUGAGUUAAUGUUGUUUUAUCACUUUUCAAUUUCUAGAAUUUGUUUUUGUUGUGUCCCCCCUCCCUCCUUUUUGUGUUUUUGGGCGGUUUGUUUGCUUCCCUUGUAAGUUGUAACUUUCGAUUGGAUUUUGAUCGAUCGAAUGUGACAUAAUCAUCAUUCUCGACUUCUCUUGCAAUCACAAGAGAAUUUUCGACA